UCACGGUUUGGGCACUGGGCAGGUUUCAUGAGUUAAAGGGCUGGCUCAUGCGAGGUGUGGCUUUGUCACUACUGGGGUUUGUCCUGCCGAGCAGUCCGUGAUAAAAUCUGGGCACCUUUGGGUACAAUUCUGUCGUGGAUUUAAAUCAGUAACCUCGGAGGAGGAUUUUACUAACGUAUAUCCUAUCUCACAGUCAACAGAGCAGCCAUGGGGGAAUAUAAUGAAAAAAAGGAAACCUGCGGAACAAUAUGCCUUAAAUACCUCCUCUUCACAUUCAACUUCUUUUUUUGGCUAGCAGGCCUGGCUGUUAUGGCUGUGGGAGUAUGGACGCUAAUACAGAAGAGCGAUUAUAUCAGCCUGUUACCGUCAAGUACCUAUGCUGCCACUGCUUACAUACUGGUCAUCGCUGGCGCCAUUGUCAUGAUAACGGGCAUCCUCGGAUGUUGUGCCACCUUCAAAGAGAGGAAGAGCUUGCUCAAAGUGUAUUUCAUCCUGCUACUGUGCAUUUUCCUGCUCGAGGUACUGGCUGGGAUCCUGGCCUAUAUCUACUACCAGCAGCUGAAUGACGAGUUGAAGCAGAGUCUGAAAGACACCAUGACCACAAAAUACAAGCAGCCGGGCGAAGAGAAGGUGACCAGCGCGGUGGACAAACUGCAGCAGGAGUUUAAGUGCUGUGGCAGUAAUAACUCCAGGGACUGGGCGGACAGCGUGUGGAUAAAAUCCCCAGAUGCCAAUAGCCGAGCAGUUCCAGACAGCUGCUGCAAGACCGUUACCCCAGGGUGCGGUGGGCGGUACCACCCGUCAAACAUCUAUCUGGUAGAGGGAGGAUGCAUCACCAAGCUGGAGAGUUUCAUCCGUUCUCACUUGUUGAUAAUCGGCGCAGUAGGCAUUGGCAUUGCCUUUGUACAGCUUUUUGGGAUGAUCUUCACCUGCUGUUUGUACAAGAGUCUGAAAUCUGAGCCCUAUUGAGAGGCACCUGACUCCCCUUUACUCGCUCCCUGCUGACAAAACUCUUCCCGCUGCCUUAUCAUGCUGCUGAUAUUUAGACUAUUUUGGUCAAAAGACAUUACCAGAUAAAGACAUCAUUAACGUUCAGCGCAUAUUCAAAGCAGAAUUGUGACUUGUCAUUUCAUUACAAUAUUAAUGUCUGAUCUCAUCCUCUGCUAUUGCACCCUGGUUCCUAACUUUAACUAUUUAACCAUGAUAGAUGGCGGAAGCCAUACCUGCUAUGGCUUAUGACAUCACCAUCAUGACAUCAUCAGAAUUCUACAGAGUUGCUAAAAAUAUCCGACCACAGCAUCCUCAAGUAACUGUAUAGAUUCUAAUCCACACAAAUUAUUCAAUUAAAUGGUAUCACACUGUGCCGUAACCAAUCAACACAUUAUAAACCAAAUAGUUUUAUGGCGAAUAUUUGUAUUAUAGAAAUAACAAUUCCAUCAAGAGGUUUGUGUUCUUUUUUGCAAUGUAGAAAAUCAUAAGAUAUCUGUUUGCCUCUAUCAUUUUGUAAGGAAAAAGCAAAAUCAAAAAGCCUUAUUCAGCAAGUGCCAAACAUCUCUUAAUCACCCCUUUAUCUUCAGACAAAUAUCCACAACUGGGGUAUCUAUUAAACAUAUAGAAUUAUAUUUAGAGGGGCGUACCUCUUACUCUAUUGGCAGUAUUCAUAUGUAUUUUAUUAUUUGCAAAGCUGUUGUCAUGUCCAGUGCAGAGAUUGCCUCAUUUGGGUGUUUCAGCCAUCAAAAUGUUCCCUGCUAUCUAAGACCUUAAAACAGGAUCGCUUGACUUACAUUUUAAGGGGAACACACAUAAAAAAUUCUCUUAAAAGAAAAUACCAAACAUUAUUAGCACAGAAGUAAAAUGCAUAACAGCACUAAACUAUUAUAUAUAUUUGAAAAGUAUAUACUGAUUCAGGUAGAAUUGUGAUUCUUUGAAUUUUGUGCAUAAAGUUUAAACGGACAUAAUAACAUAAAUUUAGCAUUUUUGACUUUCAAAUGAUAGAACAACCCCAUAAACAUCCAUUCUGCAUUUCAAAUGUUAUAGCAAAACAAAUAUGAAUGUUAAUGCUUGAAUAUGCAAAUGUAACAUUUAUAUAUUGCAUUUAGGUGUUGAUUCCUAUAGACUUAACGUCUAUUAGAAUCAAAUUCGAAUGUUAAUAUUUGCAUAAAAUUGAAUUCUAUGUUUGAUAAAAGAAAAACUCCCCCCCCCUUUUUUUUUUUUAAAUAGAAUAAAUGUCUAAUGUUUUGUAGAUAUUUCUGUAAAACAAAUGGGUACAACAUUUCUUUUUUGUAAUGAAGGUGUCAAAACAUUCAACCACCACUAAGCAUGAGUCUACAGUACUGCUAAUCUAUCAGAUUACAACAAGCAUACAAUGAAAAAAGCUCUACUGUAGAUUGCAAGCCUAUUUGAAAUGAAUAAACUUCAGUAAAGAGAGAACCAAUAUGCAUUUUCCUGUUAAAAGGUCUCAAUGGUUUCGAUAUAAAGCGAAUGGAAGACACCCUUCCAAAAUGACAGUUUUAUAUUAGGUUGUAAGGGCCGAACCUUUUUUUUCUUCUAUAAAAUUAUAUUGUUGUGGUACAAAUAACAAUUGUUCACAAUGUCUACGACAUCCAAAUAAUUUUGGGGGGGAUGGAAGCCCAGAAUAUGACAAUGUUCUGCAUCUACUCAGUCAACCAAAGUUGUCUAUAAUUCACUGCAGACCCCUCUUGCCAAUUAAGCUUCGUCACCCACACACACUGCUUUUCAUGCAAGAAUCUGACAGAGGGACAGUCAGAAUGGGGACAAGAGUUUUUAAUACAUACAAUUAUUAUUGUGUAAAUGCUAUAAAAGAUAAUAGAUACUUUAUUUAAACUAGUGAAUAAACUACUGAACAUUUCAAGAGAUUGUAUUUCCCAAGUGCCAGUGUCCCUGAAAAACUAGUUGCAUUUCAUGUUAUUUAACAGUUGUUUGUUAAAUAAUUUAAGGGCAUUAUCCAGUAGGAAACAGGUGGGUUGAAUCAAUACAGACUGCUUAAAGAACCAAUCGAUAUAUAUAUGAAUCACUAGGUGUUAACUCUAAAUUGAGCAGGGACUGAAAGUAUGAUGAUCUGAGUCCAAACCAUUUCCAAAUAACGCAAGGUCACUCUGUUUCACAGAUCCCAUAGAGGAAGUCAAUUUUUUUUUUAAUUAAAGGGACACUGAACCCAAUUGUUUUUCUUUCAUAAUUCAGAUAAAGCAUGCAAUUUUAAGCAACUUUCUAAUUUACUCCUAUUAUUUUUUCUUCAUUCUCUUUGUAUCUUUAUUUGAAAAAGCAGUAAUUUAAGCCUACGAGCCAGCCCACCUUUGUUUCAGCACCCUGGAUAGCACUUGCUGAUUGGUGGCUGCAUUUAGCCACCAAUCAGCAAGCGCUACCCAGGUGCUGAACCAAAGGUGGGCUGGCUCUUAAGCUUACAUUCCUGCCUUUUCAAAUAAAGAUACCAAGAGAAUGAAGAAAAUUUGAUAAUAGUAAGAAAUUAUAAAGUUGCUUAAAAUUGCAUACUCUGAAUCAUGAAAGAAAAAAAAAUUGGGUUCAGUGUCCCUUUAACUCUGACAUUGUAAACUGUUUGACACAAACAUGCCCGAAAAUUGGUUAAUGUGUGGCAGUUUUAGACAUAGGAGCUGAUUUAUCAUUGGUCUGUCUGAGCGGAUCAUGUCGGCAUUUAUCAUUGCACAACUGCUUGAGCAAUGUAGCCCCUGCAGAUUUGCAGCCAAUCGGCCGCUAGCAGAGGGUGUUGAUCAGCCCGAUCAUAUAGAAUCCGGCAGAUUGAUGUCCGCAGCCUCAGAGCAGACGGACCAGUUAUGGAGCAGUGGUCUUAAGACUGCUCUGCUGUUUCUGGCGAGCCUGAAGGGUUGCGCGGAUUCAUGGAAACGGGAGCAUCCAUUCGGAGCUUGAUAAUUCGGCCCCGUAAUGUCCAACCAUUUAUUUGUGAAUUUGCUUUUUUUUUGGGAGGGGGAUUUAGCCUAUAUUUUUGCACUUCAAAAAAAUCUAAAUUAAGGAUACAGGAUUGUGGUUGUUGACAAAUUUAGAGAGAUUUUAAAUUGGGCAGUUGGAAUUAAAGGGAUAGUAAUGUCCAAAUUAAACUAUCAUGAUUCAUAUAGGGCAUGUAAUUUUAAACAUCUUUCUAAUUUACUUUUAUCAUCAAAUUUGCUUUGUUCUCUUGUUAUUCUUAGUUGAAAGCUAAACCUAGGUAGGCUCGUGCUAAUUUCUGAGCCAUUGAAGGCCGCCUCUUAUCUGAAUGCAUUUGACAGUUUUUCACAGCUAGAGGGCGUUUGUUCAUGCGUUUCAUACAGAUAACAUUGUGCUCACGCACGUGAAGUUAUUUAAGAGUCAGCACUACUUGCCUGAAAUGCAAGUCUGUCAAAUGAUCUGAGAUAAGGAGGCAGUCAGCAGAAGCUUAGAUACAAGGUAAUUAGAGGUAAAAAGUAUAUUUCUAUAACAGUGUUGGUUAUGCUAAAUUGGGGACUGGUAAAUAAAUGGAUUAUUUAUCUUUUUAAACAAUAACAUUUUUGGUGUUUACUAUCGCUUUAAUUUAUAUUUUUUAAUAUAGACACUAAGUAUCCAUACUUUAUUUUUGUUUUUAAAGAUAAUCUGAUUAUAUCUGCUUGUUUAUAGAAAUAAUAAAAAUAUAUAUUUUACAAACCUAAUCACGUGACCAAUUUGUUAAGAUUCAGAGGAGGAUUUCGGGUUGUUUUUUAAAUUUCUUUUUAUUUAUUUGGAAAAUUAUUUUAAUCACUGGAACAAAAUGACUACUCUCUAUGGUAAUUAAUAUAGCAAGAACCGAGUCAUCUGAAAAAAGACGCAGGAAUGGGCAUGUAUCUGUUGGUCAAAUUUGUUUGUUAUAAAGAUGAAUCCUUGACAAACACUGGACCUUUUUUUGUAAUGAGUGAUACAUUUUGCUUUAUGAAAUGUAGUAUUUAAAUAUCAAACCACAUUUGAUUAAAAAGAAGAAAUAGUGAAUGUAAUAUUGAAAUGAUAAUUCUCUUAAACCUCAAUAUAGGUUUAUGAGACACACUAUUUAGACGUUAAAGGGACAUAAAAGGGAUUAUUCUCCUGUACAUUUAUUAUUAAUAUAGCGCCAACAGAUUCCGCAGCGUUAACAUACCAAUAUACCUUUAAAGGGACAUAAAACAGGUUGAGAUCUGUGCAUAUUCUAAAAGGGCUAAUUUAAUUAAAAAUAGUUUGUUUAAAAAAAUGUUUAAAAAUUGCUGCCAAGUAUUUAAAAAUAAUUUUUCAAAAAUAAGCAAAAUUAAUUACAUAGCUAAGCUGACUGGAGCAGCCAACUACCCCACCCCCCCCAUCAGAGUUCUCAGCGUCUAGGCAUGCUCCAGCAGAUAUAGAUAAAGCCAUAGAAGGAAAUGUGUGGGGGGAGUUUUACAAUUCAGAAACUAAAAAGAAAGGGUUAAUGGCGAGGUACUUCUGUAUAAAUUUGCAGGUAAAGUAAUUAAAGUACAUAUUAUUAUAUUUGGUCUCUAUCCCAACUUGUUUUAUGUCCCUUUAAAGAAAAAUUAUAAUAUCAAUUAAGUGUUCAAAUGCAUUUUUAAUGCGCACCUUUUUUAUUCAGUUAUUGCCAAUCUUAGAUCAUAUACAGCAACUGAUUGGUGCGUAUAUCUACUGUGAACAAACUUGAUUCACUGGUAAGUGCACACACCCAUCUGUGGCUUCAAUAUUUUCAAAGGGGUAAAGACCAAGGUGCGGAUUUGAGAUUAAAAAAAUAAAUAAAAUAGUAAAGUAGCAGGAAUAUAUUAAUAAGAAGUCAUCUUUCGAAAAUAUAUUAAACUAUGAUUCUACGCACUUUCAUUUUUGUGUUUUUUGUUGUUGUUUUUUUACAUAAAUCAGACAUUACAUUUGAUAUAUAAAUGUUACAUUCAAUAGCAAAAUGUGACAUUCUUUAUAAAAAAUUUCACAAUCGUGCAAUAAAAAAUGACGAUGCAACCCCCCCCAACAAAAAAAAAGCAAAUAAUUAUUCUGCUGAUGUCAAUAUUGAACAUUCAAUUUCAUAAUUUCCUGGGAUUUUGUUCAUGAUUACGUUAGUUGUGUAAACUAGAUUCAACACUGUAUAAUGUAUUUUUUUUUUUUUAAUAUGGAUGCUAAACCCGAUUAUAAAAUAACCCAAUAAGACUGGGGCUAUAUUCAUAUAUGUUAGUUUUUUUCUAAAAUAUAUACAUUUUAAUUAUUUAAUAGAGCAGAGUAUGCAUUGUAUAUAGAUGCCUUAAUAUAACAGCCAUUUUUAAAGAAACACAACACAGCUACCAUCAUAAUUAUAGGACAUUGCACAUUUUUAUUAAAGCCUUACUGCUGUUUUUAUACGUACUUAGCCGCUUUUGUCACCCAAAAAAUAUUAAGACUGUUUGCAUGACUGGUGUUUGUUUUUAUGCAAUUACUGUACUACUGAAAUAUUUUUGUUUUGAGUUUUUAAUAAAAAAAAUAAACUGAGUUUCAUCCAGUACAAA